UUUAUGACAGAGGGAGGGCUGUGUGCAGCUGUGUUCCCCACGAGCCAUCAAAAUAUGCCUUCCUUCUCCUUUGGUAAUCAGACAAGUUAAAAAGAACAGGGAACAGGAAGGUAGGAUGAAGUCCAGAAUGCAGAAUUUGCCUUAUAAGAUAAAGGCAUUUAUUGUUUUUGCAUGGCCUAUUUGAAGUUACUUGAUCUAAGCCAUGUGACGUCCCCCUCUGUGUUUUGUUGUUUUAUGUGAUAGUAAAUAAAGGGAAAGUGUAAGAAGUGAGGUGGCAGCUUUGCUUACACUAUACAUUCUGCAAGAAAAAGCAUGAUUACAAUGUCCAGAAAAAAGGUAAUUUGCAAUGUUGGUGAUUUCCAUCUUUCAUGGUUUUUACUGGCCAUCUCAGUGCAUAAUUUUAGAAUUUUAUCCAGACACAAUACCAUGGCAAAGAAGUUGAAGUUGAAGAGUUGUUAAAAUAAAGACUGGUGCAGCAAUGCCUUAGGUAAAUAGUAAAACAUAAGAGGUCAACAAAACAUCAUUCUCACAUGGUUGACUAACACUGCACUCUUAAUUCUCUCUUUAAAGAACCCUAUGAUAUUGACUACAAUGACUGUGUAGCAGACAUUGCAUUCUAACACUUUGUAUUGAGUGGGGAUACAGCCACAAAAGCUAUCAGGAAUGGUCUCACAUUGUUGCCACACCUGUUUAUCUUGGUCAGCGAGUUGUUUUUAUUUUUUAAUACUGACCCAUGUUACCGAAAACUGUAAAAGUGCCUUAUACAAUUUUGGCCACCAAUGCACUGUACUGCAUAUGACUAAAUUUGCAAAUGAUAAAUUUGAAUCUGGUAUCAAAAAGGAAACUUCAAAAUUAAUUAAAUUCUGACUACUUCAGUCUGCUCUAUCCUGAAUAAACUUUGUUUAUAAUGUUGCCCCGCCUUGCUUUUGUGCUCGUGGCCUUUGAUGUUUAAAGGAUGACGAGAGCGAUUCGUGCUAUUCCUUGAAGAUGCUUGUAAAGGGUCAAUGACAUUAUUAUCGUAGUACAAUGCUCCGCCGGCGAGUGACUGAUUUAGAAAAUAAUAUGGCUUGCCCCUAUCUUAACAGUUGACUGGGCACGUCACCCCGGGCCCCGCACACUCCCCGUAUGGCUCUACGGCGGGCGGGGGAACACCUGCACCUGUGUAGGCUGUCUACACUACUGCUUUGUGUGAUCUAUAUGGAUUUCAUUAUUUUAUUCCUAGAAAGCCUGUAGGCCUACAGUUUUGUCAGACUUGGCUCGUGAUGGGUUAGGCUAGAUCUUGCUUCAGGUUUAUGUAUAUAUAUAUUUUUUUAAAAAAGGUAAGUGAUUGAGUAUAUUUUCAUCAAAAAUGCCUUAAUUUAAAGGCUAUUUAGAGCAUAUUGUGUCGUAUUUAAAACAGGCUAUUUUUAUAUUUAAAUGCCUGUGAAUAGCUUUGGAUAGUCGGAUAAAAUGUUCUUAAAAUACUGUAACGCCGAAGAGCGAGCGAACCGUUUGGUAGUUUUGUGAACCCCCUGCCAGGGUACACGCCAAAGCGCUGAUUAGUGAGGCAGCUGGAAGCGGGAGCUGCUAUGAUUAGGUGGUCGCUGCGCGGCGGAGGAAAACAUCUCUUUGUCGUCCUGUCAUUCGUUGGCUGCGUCUCACUAAACAUACAGCUCUGGAUGAUGAUAAGUGGGAUAUCUCGCAGAGUGGGCGCCGGGAAGCGAUGAGCAGCUAGCUUUAGGGUCAUCGUCGUGCGAUUUGUUGCCCCAAUCUUUUCGUUCUUCUCUUGUUGGAUUGUUCGUUUUCUAACAAAGCUCGAUCCUAGUGUCCCUGCAGACAGCUUUCUGCGAAACAGACUGCCGCGUCUCUGGUGCUACUGCUGCUACAGCGGCUCAACAAAUGCAGAAAAGAGAGAAAAGUUUCGGUAUACAAAUGCUCUCCGUCCAGCCGGACACUAAGCCAAAAGGCUGUGCUGGCUGCAACCGGAAGAUCAAGGACCGCUACCUGCUAAAGGCCCUUGAUAAGUACUGGCAUGAGGACUGCCUUAAGUGUGCCUGCUGUGACUGCAGACUAGGUGAGGUAGGCUCGACGCUCUACACCAAAGCCAAUCUCAUCCUGUGUCGGAGAGACUAUCUAAGGUUGUUUGGUGUAACUGGCAACUGCGCAGCUUGCAGCAAGCUAAUUCCAGCCUUUGAGAUGGUCAUGAGGGCAAAGGAGAAUGUCUACCACCUGGACUGCUUCGCAUGUCAACUUUGCAAUCAGAGGUUUUGUGUGGGAGACAAAUUUUUCCUGAAGAACAACAUGAUCUUGUGCCAGACAGACUACGAGGAGGGACUAAUGAAGGAAAGCUAUGCUACCCACGUCCGCUGAACCUCAGAUUAAUGUAAGAGAAUGAAUAUGAGGAAGGGGAUCGAGAGAAAGAAAGAGACUGAAGGAUCGCUUGUAUUCAUACGACAACAAACUUCUGUCCAGCUCCUGUUGCCCUCCUGUACAUAACUAAGCAAGCCUCGCUUUGCAGGAAAACACACUGCUGUACAGUAUAGCCAUAGAGACGAUUGAUGUGGCUGGGAAAAGUCCUGGAAAUCUACAGCAAGUAUGAAAGAAACUGUUUGGCCAUUUCUUAAGAUCUGAUAAGAAUCUUUUAAGGUGAAGACUUUUUUAUUGUAUGUCAGAUUUUAACAGUGAAUGUACUGUAAAAAUAAAGGGGAUAAAAACUGUGCGUGUGUGUGGCAUUGAACGAGAGAAAAUCUGGGUUUGUCUCCCAAAACUUUGAAUUGUUGUUGACACUUUGGUUACUUUUUGUACACUAUUUAUUUGAGAAGCAUUAAUUGAACCUCUUGUCCAAAAUACUUGAAUCUAAUCCAGUUGUAUUUGGAUUAUACAUGUAUUUAGAAUAGCUCUGUAAUUAUUAAUACAGCUAUUAUUUAUUUAACUACGCUCCACAAACAUCCUAGCACAGGCUUUUCUUAUUCACAAUGAAUGUUCCUUGCAUUCUUUUCUGCAGAAGUAACAUUCUUUUAAAAAACAAAUCUUUGCUCUUUGUAGUGUGUAACAGCACUCACAUUUUUAGGUAGAAAUGGAAAAGCAUUCUCUGAUUAUUAGCAUGUAAAAUGUUCUUUCUAUUUGCAGUUGUAAAAAGGAUUUCUUUUUUUAAAUCCAGCAUGAGAAUUUUAUUUUUUGGACCACACUUGUACUUACUGUAACUGUUCAAUUUAAACACAGAUGUAAUACACUUAAAUUGAGUAGA